GGGUAGCAACUGUCGUUGGGGUAAAUGAAUCGGGGAUGAGCCAACGUAACUGACUAACCGUGGACUGUCCAGGCCAGGCCCGGCUAAGGCGGCUCGGCCUGUCGUGUCUGCCCUGUUAGCCUCACCGCUAAGCAAUACUAAUAUGUCAGACCUGGCUGAUGAGACAGCAGGAGACCUCCCUGUGAAGGAUGUAGGCCUGUGCCUGGCUGGAAUUGGUGGAUUGCAAGAAUCAUCUGCUGCACAGAAUGCCAGAGCGCGCCAGGCAGUGUCUCGCAUCAGCCGCGAAGAGCUGGAGGAUCGCUUUCUCCGCCUUCACGAUGAAAACUUUUUGCUCAAACAGCAUGCAAGGAAGCAAGAAGACAAAAUUAAAAGGAUGGCCACCAAGCUCAUUAGGCUUGUCACUGACAGAAAAAGGUCUGAGUUGGAGAGUGGCGGCACCAAGCGGGUGGGAAGGGACAUUGAGAUGGAAGAAAUGAUUGAGGAACUGCAGGAAAAAGUUUGCGAACUGGAGAAGCAGAAUGAGGGGCUGAGGAAUCGUCUGGUGGCUUGUAAACAGCAGCUCCAAGUCCAAGGGCGUAGGCAAACCCCAUACAACUAUGUACAGUCCCGCAUAAACACUGGCCUAAGAAAGGUCAAUGAGGUUGCUUCCAUGCAGGAGAAUCUUAAAAGAGGGAUCAGAGUUCAAGAUCCAGAGCCAGCAGCAAAGUAUACCCAAACCAUACAGCCUAGAUAUGGACACAGCUUACUUGAAGAAGCCCGAGCUGAAAUACGAAAUCUGGAAAAUGUGAUUGAGUCCUACAAGACACAGAUGGAAGAGAUGGAACAAUCUGCAGAGAUACUCAGAGAGCAGAUAAAAAAGAAAGAGCAAGGAUAUGAGGAGUCUCUUCUUCAGCUCAGAGAGCAUCAAGCAACAGGACAGAGAAUAGCAAUCCGAGACAAUGUGGAGAUGAUAAGGCUACAGAAACAGUUUGCAGAGAAAGCAACUGCAUUUACUGUCAUGGAGGGAAAGCUUUUGCAAAUUCAAGAGAACCAGAGAACUAUGAAAGCCAGUCAUGAUGCCUUUAUGAAUAAAGUGGAUGAACUGAACACACAACUGAAAGAAGAACGUUGUAAAUGCCUCUGCCUUGAAAAACAACUGCACUCAGCCUCUUUUUCUAGAAGAAUAACAGAAGAGCUACAAGAAAGGGUCACUGAUCUACAAAAGGAAAAAGAUCUUUUGAAGGAGAAUUAUGACAAAUUAUUUAACAGUGCCUUUGACAUGACACACGAACAACAGUGGAAGUUGAAGGAACAACAGCUGAAGCUACAGAUUGCACAGCUCGAGACCGCACUGAAAUCAGACCUGGCUGACAAAAAUGAGAUCUUGGACAAAAUCAAACUGGAAAGAGAACAAAAUGAGCGACUCUCCCAGGAAAACAAAGAACUCCAGCUCCACUAUCUACAACACAAGCAACAGCUGGAUGAACUCAAAGACCGUAUGAAGUUCUUCACCAAAGAGAGUGAUAUUGAUGUGGCUGAAUUGAGCGAAGCACUGAUGCUCAUAAAGGUACGCAAUAAUCAGAAGAAAGGAAACCUUGAAUUCCUUGAGAAGCUGGAGGAUGACAUUAAUAAAGAUUUGGAGCGUUCGAUGAGAGAGCUACAGGCAAGACAUGCAGAAACUGUGCAGGAACUUGAAAAAACAAGAAAUAUGUUAAUCAUGCAGUACAAGAUUAAUAAGGACUAUCAGAGUGAGGUUGACACUGUGACACGAAAGAUGGAAGAUAACAAACGGGAAUAUGAGAUGAAACUGGAUCAAUACGCACAACUGCUCGACAUUAGGGCUGAUCGAAUCAGAAAAUUGGAAGCCCAACUCAAAGACAUAGCCUACGGGACCAAACAGUUCAAAUUCAAACCAGAAAUCACAGCUGACGAUAAGGUUGAUGAAUUUGAUGAAACUAUCCACUUAGAGCGUGGAGAAAACUUAUUUGAGAUCCAUAUCAACACAUUGAUCUUCUCCCCCGAAGCUCUGCAGGCUUUCAGUGAACAAGAACCUGCCACCUUUUGCACCUUUGCAUUUUACGACUAUGAAUUACAGUCAACCCCUGUAGUGCAUGGGCUGCAGCCAGUGUAUGACUUCACAUCUCAGUAUAUUGUCCGAGUAGAUGACUUCUUUCUACAAUAUUUGCAGAAAAACACAGUAAAACUAGAGUUGCAAUUCACAUUCGGCACAGACUAUGAAACCAUUGCAGUAUGUCAGUUACGAAUGCAUGAGAUCCUUGAAAAGAAUGGCAGAAUAUUUGGCACAACAAAUUUGGUUGGUAUCAGAGGAGAUGUUAAAGAUUAUGGUACAUUGGAAUACUGGAUUAGGCUACGAGUGCCAAUGGAUCAAGCCAUUAGACUUUACAAAGAACGAACAAAGGCCCUUGGGUAUAUUGUUUCUAAUCUGAAAGCAGAUGAUAAAACACCGGAGGUACCCACCAUUUCGCAGAUAAACACUUCACCACUAGCAGAUGGUAAUCUGAACGAACUUUAUAUCACUAUAAAAUUCUGCUCCAACCUACAAACUGAAAGGAGGAAUGGCCAGCCAAGUCCUUACGUUGUCUACAAGUUUUUUGAUUUUGCAGACCAUGAUACGUCGAUAAUCCCGAACACUAACGAGCCACAGUUUGACGAUCACUUCAGCUUUCCUGUACCAAUGAAUGCAGAUCUUGACAAAUAUCUUAAGUCAGAAUCAUUACACAUUUAUGUAUUUGAUGAUGAAGAGCCUGAUAACACCUUUUACCUGGGCAAGGCCAAUGUUCCCCUUAUUUCACUCGCUCAUGACAAGUACAUCACAGGUACAUUUGAACUUAGAAAUUCUGAAGGGCAGGCCAAUGGCACAGUCAAUGUUGUGCUUAAAUGGCAGAAUUCAUACUUUCCACCAAGUGGAUCCACAAUGACAGUGGAACAAGCUGAAGUGGUACCAAAGCAAGAACCAGAAAAGUUGCCAAUAGAAGAAGAACUGAAGGCAUCACCAUUAUCUAAACCUUCGUCAGGGACCGUAGUUAAGAUGCCACCGACUCCCAAACCCAGAAAAUUAUACAUUGAUUCUGGAAAACAAGAAAGAAGAGUGUCUUUUGCAGAUCCUUCUGCAACAAUAUCCAGAUCUUCUACUGUUGUUGAAAAGAAGUUAGAAGAGGUUGAAAGUAUUCCAGCAAAACCUGAACAAAUUAGCCAGGUAAAACAAGGUUGCAGUUUAGUUAGGAAGAAGCAAGAGGAAGCUAAAAUUGAGCCAGGAACAGAUGAUACUGUGGUUGAAACGAAAUUAGAAGAGGUGGAAAAUAUUUCAGCAAAACCUGAAGAAAAUAGCCAGGUAAAGCGAUCUCCCAGUGUUGUUGCCAAACAGCGAGAAGAGGUUAACAGUUCAGAAAAAGAUGAAACAAUACCCCAGGUUAAGCGAACUCCCAGUGGGAGGAAGCUAGAGGAGAGUAAAAGUGGUACAGGAACAGACGAACCAGUGAACCAGGUAAAACAAUCUCCCAGUGACAGGAAGUUAGGGGAAACUAAAAGUGCUCCAGGAACAGCUGAACCAGUGAGCCAGGUAAAGCGAACUCCUAGUGGCAGGAAGCUACAGGAGACUAAAAGUGCUGCAGGAACAGAUGAAGCAGUCAGCCAGGUAAAGCAAUCUCCCAGUGACAGGAAGUUAGGGGAAACUGAAAGCGCUGCAGGAACAGUUGAACCAGUGAGCCAGGUUAAGAGAACUCCCAGUUUCAGGAAGCAAGAGGAGACUAUAAGUGAUGCAGAAUCAGCUGUACCAGUAAAGCGAACUCCCAGUGGCAGGAAGCUAGAGGAGGCAAAAAGUGCUGCAGGAACAAAUGAACCAAUAAGCCAGGUAAAGCAAACUCCUAGUGUCAGGAAGCUACAGGAGAUUAAAAGUGCUACAGGAACAGUUGAAGCAGUCAGCCAGAUAAAGCGAACGCCCAGUGGUAGGAAGCUAGACGAGACCAAAAGUGCAACUGGAGUAGAUGAACCAGUGAGCCAGAUAAAGCGAACUCCCAGUGACAGGAAGUUAGAGGAGACUAAAAGUGCUGCAGGAACAGUUGAACCAGUGAGCGAGCUGAAGCGAACUCCCAGUAUUGUGGCUCAGAAACGAGAAGAGGUUGAAGUUACUCCACAAACAGCUGAACCAGCAAUCCAGGAUGGCAAAGGCACAGCCUUGGAAGAUGGAGCGGAGCCAAAUUUUGAGAAGGUUCAGGAAGAAGGAGAGCUUUCAGAGUUGUCUGAUGGACAGGUUGCUUUUCCAUCAGGACAAAGUGGAGCUAUCUCAGAAGAAAGUGAAACAAUAGAUGUAAAAGAAUCUGAUCAAGAUGGGAAUGAUGCACAGGCAACUGAUAUUGAUGAAUCAAUAACUGACAGCGAUGACUCUAUUGUCCCAGGCUGGCCAUCAAAGGAUAUAAAGCAGCCAUCAGAAAAGAUCCGGAUUGAGAUUGUCUCUCUCACAAUAAACAACAAUGCUCCAAUCCUAAAAGAUGAAACCGUUCAACGGCUGUUUGUUGAAUACAAAUUCUGCAACUUACCAGCUGAAGAAACACCAUUGUCUCUUCCAAAGCCAAGUAGUGGACAGUGGAUACAUUACAAUUACAGCAAUGUGAUCCAUGUGGAUGAAGAAAAUAACCAGCAGAGGAGGCAGUUCCUUAAGUCAGUACUCCAGGGAUUGGAGUCAAACCUCGAAAGUAUAAGAUUUACAAUAGUCAGUGAUCCACCUGAAGAUGAACAGGAGCUCGAGUGUGAAGACGUUGGCUUUGCACACAUUAAUCUGAGAGAGAUAUUCCAAAAGGGAGAAGAUGUGAUUGAAAAGGACAUUGACAUUGUCUAUCCCCAGGGUGGCACAGAGGUGAUUGGGAAAGUGAAAGUGACAGUGGAGGCUUUGGAGGUUCUGCGUAACAUCUCCAAGGAGAACGGAAGACAACUGUAAAAGCGCCCAGAAUCCUACGGGAUCAGAAAUUUGUUUAAUUCUGUUUUUUGGUAAAAAAAAAUUAAAGAAUGAGUUGUGUGUGGCAAGUUUGUUUGCUGCCACAUCUAUUUCAUUUCAUUUCUAAAUAAGAUUGACAAAAACUAUUUGAUUUUCUUUAUUUCCGUACGUCGCAGUAAUUCCGAGGAGUUUGUAUGUCAGCUUUCUUCUAAUGCAUUUCAACACUCACCCGUUCACCGUGUUAAUAAUUCAUAAUUGUGUGAUUGAAUGAUCUUGCUCCAUUUGCAUUUUUUGAACUUUUUUCUACAUAUGUAAUAUGUAUGCAAGAUGGAUAUUUAAUUUUUAAUAAAGUAUUUUCC